UGUUUUGCUGGAAGAAGGGAGUGUGCAGGCUCCUCUCAGCCUCCUCUCAGCAGCUGGUUCCAGGCUCAGGGGUGCAGGGACCAGGCUGCCCCUUCCUUCAGCAACCUCCUCUUCCCUUGGAUUCCCGUGGCCCUGCAGACUGUCCCGGGCUAACUCUGGCCUUUGUUGCUUUCUGGUUCCAUCUCAGGAGAGGCUCUGCUUGACCAAGAAAGAGUAUUUUGAAGGAGAUAGGAUGCAGGAGCUGUGUCUGCUGUGCUGGGCUGUCCUCCUGGGCCUGGGGCAGGCCUGUCCUGAGCCCUGUAGCUGUGGGGAGAAGUACGGCUUCCAGAUUGCCGACUGUGCCUACCGUGACCUGGAGGCUGUGCCUCCUGGCUUCCCAGCCAAUGUGACCACAUUGAGCCUGUCAGCCAACUGGCUGCCCAGCUUGCCAGAGGGUGCCUUCAGGGAGGUGCCCCUGCUGCAGUCGCUGUGGCUGGCACACAACAAGAUCCGCAUGGUGGCUGCUGGCGCUCUGGCCUCUCUGGGUCAUCUCAAGAGCCUGGACCUCAGCCACAACCUCCUCUCCGACUUUGCCUGGAGCAACCUGCACAGCCUCAGUGCCCUCCAGCUGCUCAAGAUGGACAGUAAUGAGCUGACCUUCAUCCCCCGAGAUGCCUUCCGCAGCCUCCACGCCCUGCGCUCACUGCAGCUCAACCACAACCGCUUGUACACCCUGGCCGAGGGCACCUUCACACCACUCACCGCACUGUCCCACCUGCAGAUCAAUAACAACCCUUUCGAGUGUAACUGUGGCAUCAUAUGGUUCAAGACAUGGGCCCUGACUACAGCUGUAUCCAUCCCAGAGCAGGACAACGUCACCUGCACUUCACCCCCUGUACUGAAGGGCACACCGCUGAACCGCCUGCUGCCACUGCCUUGCUCAGCACCCUUGGUGCAACUCACCUACCAGCCCAGCCAGGAUGGUGCCGAGCUGCGGCCUGGCUUUGUGCUGGCACUGCACUGUGAUGUGGAGGGGCAGCCGCCCCCUCAGCUCCACUGGCACAUCCAGACGCCUGAGGGCACAGUGAAGAUCACCAGCCCCAAUGUGGAUGCUGAUGGGCAUGCCCUGCCUGCUGCCCUGGCAGCCAGCAGCCAGCCACGCUUCCGGGCCUUUGCCAAUGGCAGCCUGCUCAUCUCCAACUUCGGCAAGCUGGAGGAAGGCACCUACAGCUGCCUGGCCACCAAUGAGCUGGGCAGUGCGGAGAGCUCGGUGAACGUGGCACUGGCCACGCCGGGUGAGGGUGGUGAUGAUAUGCUGGGGCGCAGGUUUCAUGGCAAAGCUGCUGAGGGUAAGGGGUGCUAUACAGUUGACAACGAGGUGCAGCCAUCAGGUCCUGAGGACAACGUGGUCAUCAUCUACCUCAGCCGCACCGGGGGCCUGGACACUGCAGUAGCAGGGGAAGGGGUCUCUGGGCAGCAGCCCCCAGGCCUGCUCCUGCUGGGCCAGAGCCUCCUCCUCCUCUUCUCUACUUCCUUCUAGCCCUGCCCCCACCCAGUUGAGCUGGAGCAGCCCCAUGGCCUCCCUGACUCCUUCCCCUGACCCUAUGGAUAUCCAUGCAGGGGUCUGGGGUUGGCAGCUCUCAAGGCCUGCAUGGGGACAUCACAUCUUCCUACCACCCCUUCUCAUCUCUUCUGGAACACUAGUCACAUCAACUUCUAGACUUGCUGAAAGCUAGUGACUAGGACAGAAUUUGAUCCCAUAACUCACCGUCUUCGGUAUUUCUUGCUGCUAAGCACAUGGCUCAGGUUCCCCUGUGGGGGCAGCGUGCUCACAGGGUACUGCCCUAACCAACUGGCAGAGCCUCGUGGUGGAAUCCCAGACACUGGGACUGAGCAGCUGGCAGCGGCUGGGAGCUGAGGGCUCAGCAGGGAGGGAGCUGGAAGCAGACACGGCACAGGAGAAAGGGAUGGGAUGUUGGCAGUGGCUCGUGUGGCUCUGAGGCUUUCGGCGACCUGCUUGAGCCUCUGCUGCCCAGGGCAUUCCUGAUGAUUUGGGGGCUCUGUAGUCUCUGUCCUCGUUUCAGACAGGGUCAGAGGGUCUGGGAUGGCCUUCUUCUUCUCACCCUUCCUCUUCAGCCUCUACUCCUCCAUCCUGGACACCUGCCCUGCCUCUCUCCAAGUAUGUGUCUGUAGCCCACCCCUCCAAAGAAGUCCCCAAGGUGGCUAAGCCCAGGGGCUAGAGAGUCAGGGGGACAGGCCUAUGAGGUACACACAGACCGUUUGGCAGGCAGGUAGCAUGGAUGGCCCAGGGGUAGGUGAGAGGCUGGGCCUCCAGCUGAGCUGAGCAGCAGAUGUCCCUCCCAAAUUAGCCCAGGAGACAAAUGGGAGCACUGGCCUGACAGCCGUUACAGAGGCUUCCCUGGGACCCUGAGUGGUGCUUGUGCCCGUAGGGGUCUGAGGAUGCAUUGCACAGAGGCAGGGAAGAAAAGCGCCUGGGCUGUGCCCUUCUUCUUGGUCCUGCCUGGGGAAGAGAUGUUAGGGAGCAAAGACGGAAGGGAGGACAAAAGGCAAGAUGGAGGGGUGAGCAAAGGGAGGGGACAGAGACAUGGGACAUAGAAGAGAGAGGAAGGAGGGAAGAAAAAUGAUCCAGGGAGAAUGAAAAUAAGAGAACAGAUAUGAGGGAGAAGCCGGAGGAAAUGGAUGUACUUUCUCCCACCUUUUCAGGAAGAGGAAAUGGUAUUCCUGGAGGAACAUCUUUCUGUAGGAGUCACCCCACAGAGCAGAUGGACCAAUAACUUGACUUGUGUGUCGGGGUGGGGGGCAGUGAGGGCCUCGAAGCAGCCUGCAGGUCUCUUAGGAUGGGGAGCAGGCAGAUGGGAUCAGGACCUGGGGACUAUAGAACCCCAUAUCUGUGCUGGGCCAGAUGCAUCUCCCCUCUGCCUCCAUCCCCGUCCCUUUCCAUAGGACAAGACCCCAUGGGAGAAGCUCUGCCACCUCUGCCCAGAGCCCAGCAAAGUGGAGGCAAGGAGACCAAAGAGCCUAGGGUAGCACCACCUGAUGGUCCACAUGCAGCACUUCUCACCCUCCAAUCAGGUUGCAGCUCCCACUGAGCAGAUGUAACCAGCAGCACAUGUCAAGGAUGACUGCACAUCUGGGGGAAAGCAGCAGGAGGGAGCUGAGCCCCUGUGCUGUGCCACCUUGAAUAAGUCACUGCCCAUCUCUGUGCUUAGUUUCCUUAGAAAACAAAAGACAGGCCCUGGCUGGUGUGGCCAUUGGUUGGAACGUCAUCCUGUACCCAAA